AUGGCGAAAAGUGAUGAUGGCAUACGCAUCUUGCAGGGUCUAUUAGUCUUUGGGAAUGUGGUCAUUGGGAUGUGCGGCAUUGCCUUGACAGCAGAGUGCAUCUUCUUUGUGUCUGAUCCCCAUGGUCUCUACCCUCUGCUGGAAGCCACAGAAAACGAUGACAUCUAUGCUGCUGCCUGGAUUGGCAUCUUUGUUGGCUUUGCACUCUUUGCUCUGUCUAUCCUUGGUAUCGUUGGAGUCAUUAAGUCCAACAGGACCUUGCUGCUGCUGUAUAUUAUUCUGAUGCUGAUCACUUAUGCAUUUGAAAUGGCUUCUUGUAUCACGGCAGCGACUCACCAAGACUUCUUCACUCCGAAUCUCUUCCUAAAGCAAAUGCUGGAGAGGUAUCAGAAGUCAGAGACAGACAAUAACAAUGACAAAUGGAUGACUGAAGGGGUCACAAAGACGUGGGAUAAACUCAUGCUUCAGAAUCAGUGUUGCGGGGUGCAGGGCCCCUCCGACUGGCAGGAGUACAUGUCCGCCUUCCGCAUCACGCACAGUGACGCCGACUUCCCUUGGCCGCACAAUUGCUGUGUCAUGGAUGCCCAAGGGUCUCCCGUCAACCUCGAUGGCUGCAAGCUUGGAGUCCCCGGCUACUAUAACAGCAACGGUUGUUAUGACGCUAUUUCUGGGCCAAUGAACACACAUGCCUGGGGUGUUGCCUGGUUUGGUUUUGCCAUCCUCUGCUGGACUUUCUGCGUCCUCCUUGGUACCGUGUUCUACUGGAGCAGAAUUGAAUACUGAAGGCCCAGUGUCCUCAGCGCUGUCCUGAAGCACCAUGUGAAACUACAUUCGUUCGUCUCCUGCUCCAUUCUCCUUGUGUCAUGGAGGAUUUGAAGUUUUCCCACUACCUCUCCCAUAUAUACUUUUGCCCCUCCAAAAACUUGACACACAGAGCUGAUGACUCCAGGAAAGAAUCUUCUUGUCCCUUCUUUGCCCCUUGUUCUGCAGCCUUAAUGCCUCCUGGCUGAGGCACAAUCCUUCUUUUGCUGUGCAAGAAAUCC